CUCACAGGUGAUUUGGGUGCGCCUUCGCUGCAAAGAUCCGUCACCCAAACAAUUCAGGCAACGGGAGACAUCGUGGCGGCUCUGCGACAGCACGAGUUUGCAAUUUUACACAAUUGUUUUCAAGAUACUGGAGCGAAUACAAUCAUCCGAAAACCAUGAAGUUAACGGCAAGUUUCUGUAUAGCGCAUCAGUCUGGAUGCGACGCGGGUGCACGGCGGACGCUGGAGAGGUCUCUAUCAUUCUCAAUGUGGAAUCUCAGAGGCAGCAGUUUCUAAAGCAGAGCUGACUUAAAGACUGGUUACUUAAGCAUUUCAUCCUUGGAAAGCCACAAUGGCCCUGAGCUGCCUUUGUGAGCCUGUAAAUGGUUCCGAGCAGGACUUUGUCUUCUGCAACAGCAUCACAUUUAACUUUACCGGCAACGAAAGCGGACGCUGUCACCUUCAGACCCUGGAUGAGGUUUUGUUUAGGCUUCUGGGCUCUAGACGAUCUCCAUUCUUCUUUCCUGUAACCUUUACGUACAUUUUCAUCUUUGUCACAGGAGUCGUGGGAAACCUCUUGACCUGCACCGUAAUCGUUAAAGACAGGAAGAUGCGAACACCUUCUAACCUCUACCUCUUCAGCUUGGCCAUCUCAGACCUGCUUGUGCUUUUGUUCGGGAUGCCCCUGGAGAUCUAUGAACUUUGGCAGAACUACCCCUUCCCUUUCGGGGAAAGCAUCUGCUACUUCAAAGUCUUCUUGUUUGAGAUGGUGUGCUUUGCAUCCGUGCUCAAUGUCACAGUGCUGAGCGUGGAACGCUACAUAGCCGUGGUGCACCCGCUCAAAACCCGCUACGCCAUAACUAAUAAGCAUGCCCAGCGGGUUAUCUCUGGCGUUUGGGCCAUGUCACUGUUCUGUGCCAUUCCGAACACGUCGCUCCAUGGUUUGCAGUAUCACUAUCUUCCAGAGAAGGUGCUGGAGUCGGCCACGUGCAACCUGCUGAAGCCCAAAUGGAUGUACAACUUGGUGAUCCAGGUCACCACUAUACUGUUUUAUUUUGUCCCCAUGAUGGUGAUCAGCGUGUUGUAUCUGAUGAUUGGUCUGACACUGGGAAGGGGACAGAGGCAGAAAAAAAGCAAACAGGACAAACAACAUGGCAAUGACAGCUGGAAAAUUCAUUUGGAUCGUGGACGGAGAAGGCAGGUCACCAAGAUGCACUUCGUGGUGGUGUUAGUCUUUGCCAUCUGCUGGGCUCCGUUCCACAUCGACCGACUGUUGUGGAGCUUCAUCACGAGUUGGACGGACCACAUGCAUAACAUAUUCGAGUAUGUGCACAUAAUCUCGGGCGUGCUCUUCUAUCUCAGCUCCGCGGUUAACCCUAUCAUCUACAACCUGCUCUCCAGUCGCUUCCGCGAACGCUUUCAAACGCUGGUGUGCCGCCCCCUGGCAUCGAGCUCUUCUCGUAAUGAUUCAGUUCCUUUCUACAUCAUCAACAAAGACCCCACCACUGAUGUUCAGUGUCCAGGGUGACCGCAGGGACAUGGGCAGCGCACACCCCUUUGUGAUUAUCAGCAGUGGCUGGAAACAGGAAAAUGAAUGUGCCACGGUUCUGUGGUGGUGGGGGGUGUGGUUGCAUUUGAACGUUUGCCUGUUGUGUAUACAUUAAACAGUUCCUUAAAACCAUAUGUAAAUUUAAAAAAUGUUAAAUAAGUGCCACUUGUUAUCAAGCUAUUUACUAUAUGAUCAUCAUUAGAGUUUCUAUGAGCAUUCGUGUUGAACAAAAUUGCCGCUUUACAUCUAAUUAAAGAUAAAAUUGGACAUCAGUUAAUGCAAAUGUUCAGUAAUUCAGAUGUUUCAUAUCGGAGCCCAUAACUCCGCCUUUUUGUUAUGCAUAGCUUUUUCCAUUCAGGUUGGGCAUUGUGCAUUUAGAUGUUCUAUUUAUGCAGAUCAUUAAAACAUCCCUCUGUCUCUGUCUCCUACACAUAAAAAAGGAAAUAUUGAAUAUCCUAAAACGCUUAUUAUGGAUCGAACAAUAAAUGUUUAGAAUGAACACCAUCAGUUUUGUUUGGAACAAGUUGUUUCAAGCACUAGAAGAGAGAUGAAGCAGCACUUUACGCUAGUGCGUCAUCAACAAAACUACACAGUGAAAACAAGAUAAUAAAAGCUGCAUGGAACAUUAAUCCUUACAGACUAUUCUGGUAAAUUGUGUAUUUCAUGUUUAAAUGAACAAUAAGGGACUGUAGGGUACAAGGAUGCGGUGUUGUUUUAACAUUGUGCCAAAAGUGCUUCAUUAGUUUUGGAUGUCAUGAGAAUUAGAUUGGAAUAUUACUUGUAAUUGUGUAUUGCAACCUGUCUUUUCUGUAGCACCACUUGUAGAGCAUAUAGCAACGCCAAUGUCAUAGCUUUGUUUACCAAGGUAUGCACAUACAGCUUGAAUGCACUGUGUAAUGCUUUGGAUAAAAGUAUAAUGCAUAAAUGUAAUGUAAGCAACAGCGAAAUGUG